AUGGUGCACCUGGCACGCGCGCAGAGCGCUGGCGCGUGGUGCAGCUUCUUGGAGGAACACAAAGCGGUUCCAUACGAGUUCGGGGCCAAGACGCAGAGCGACCCCCACGCUGGCUUCAAAGACGUCUACUUUGGCGCGAACGAGCCCUGGGGUGAGACGCUGCAUGACAUUUUCACAUUGAUCGCUCACAAGUUUACGCAGGUGGAGCACUAUGUCAGUGUGGUGGGCUCCAUGAAUGCCCUGAACUUCCUCACGGCGAUCCGGCCCAAACAGAUCCACUUCUUCGACCUGAACCCUGCUGCUGUGAGCUGGGGCAAGCUGCUGGUAGAGCUGGUGCGGGCCUCCGCGUCUCCACAGGACUUUGUGAGCCGGCUCUUUGCCCGGGACCUCCAGGGCUUUGAGGAGGGCCAGGUGUUGAGCCCUGCGAGCCAGGAGGCCUUCCUGCAGCUGCCGCCCUCAGAGGCCAUCCGCAGCGAGACGCUGGCGAAGCUCAGCGAGGAGUCCCAGGACGUUUACCGGCAGGUGGCUGAGCAAGUUGAAGGCCACAAACAUGACUUGAACACAGGAGGACUUGAGUCAGGCUCCUUUGCCGGCCUCUUCCCCGCCUGGGACCGCGCCUUUGCGGGGCCGCUGACCAAGUCGGGGCUCGGGCCCCGCAUGGGCGCCCGCCGCAGCUUCCUGUAUGGAGAGGGCUUCCUGAGGAGCCAGUGGACCUUUGACCAGGUCAAGCAAGUUCUCGAAGAAACCCCUAUCUCCUGGACUUCCGGGGUGGACUUCCCCCAUGCAUUUCCUGCAGAUCUGCUUCCGAAAGGCUCCAUGCGGGGCGCCACGCUGCUCUAUGCCAUGGACAUGUGGUCCGGGCCCAGCCAUCAUGCAGCCAGGUGGCCUGCGGAUCGCAUCCGCGCCUGGCAGGAAGAGGCGGGGGAUGGAGGCCUGGUGGUGGUGCAGAGCAAGGGCGAUCGCGCGGAGCUGGUACAGAAGCUGGUCCCGGCCUCUGGAGGCAGAAGUUUCUGGCAGAGCUGGUCAGACUGGCGCUCCGCAGACUUCCUGCCUGCUGCCAUUUGCAAGGGCUUCGACCAGAGCCAGUGCCGCGCAGCGGCUGGUCAGCCGCCAUCGGCACAGCACAUGGUGGAGCAAGCGCUAGGCGGAGGCACCCGGCCGCAGCUCACAACAGAGGAGGAGAAGGCGUUUCGGGAGCUCUCCGGCCCGCCCGCCUGGGAGCGCCCGGAAGAAGCGCCGGCGCCGGCGCCGCUGCUUUCGGCGCUGGGGCCAGGACUCGCCCCCGACUGCCGCUGGCAGAGGGGCCGGGCGCUUCGCCGGUUCUUGUGA